AUGGCGUCUGCAGUAACAGACUUGGAAGCUGGCCUACAGGCCAUGCUCAAUUUGAAGCCACCAGGUGUAUCCGGCUCUCGUAUUACUAGCCUCACGUCUCUUUGCGUCGCCAACAUUCAGUCCGAAUCUGUCCUCAUUCAAAAAAUCUACACACACUUCAAGAAAACUCCAGGAACACACAAAUUGGGCGUCCUCUACGUCGUAGACUCUGUAACCCGCAAGUGGCUUGAACAAGCAAAGUCUCAGGGUCAGCCCAUAAACAGCUCUGCCCAGGAUGGCACGUAUGCCGCUGGAGUGCACCGAGUAACGGAACUGAUGCCUGUUUUGAUGAAUGACAUUCUUCAGUCUUGCCCAGAAGAUCAAAAGGAAAAGAUCAAAAAAUUGCUUGAUAUCUGGGAAAAAGGCCAGACCUUCCCCACAUCCAUGAUAGAAUCAUUCAAGGAGAAAGUCAACGCUCCCUCACCACCAAAAUCCACAACUCCCCCUGGUAGCCCGCCUGCUGGAUUGGCAGCUUCUAUCCAGAACCAGGCGCAGAACAAGCCUGCGCCAAAUGGCUCGUCCAUCUUGGAAGCCUUGGCUAAUAUUGCUCGCCAAAACACCUCGGCUGCACCGAGCAACCAAUCCCUCCCAGCUCCCGCCGCAUCAUAUAGCAUGCCUCCCGCUACUUCCAACGCCCCCCCAGCUUCCGCCACUCCCCCAGGACUAUCACAGGUCCUUGCUUCAUCGCUCCCACAGCCUCACCAGUCGUAUCCCCCGGCUGGACAACCCGUAAAUGUUUCGUCUCUGCCAUUCUCGUUGACUCAAAUGCUUGGUCAAAAUGCUCCGAUGCCAGCCAGUGCGAGUAACCCAUCCAACCCAUAUGCGGCAGCGUCUGCAGCGCCUCCCGCCGCAGGAGCCGGCGGAGCUGGUUUAGGACCGGACGUACAGCAGCAGAUUAUGCUGAUCAAGGCUCUCGCUGAUCAAGGCGUCCCCUUUGAUAAGAUUCCCGCUCUCAUCCAGAGCAUGACUUCUGCCACUGCAACUGGAGGGUAUCCGGCAGCGCAACCUCCCGCCCCUGUCCCCACUGCCCAAGGCACCUUUCCAUCGGCUCAGCAGCCAUGGGGUGCCGCUGCUUCGGGCCCUGCGCCUGACCAGGGCUACCAGGACAACGUAAGGUCUCCUAGAUAUCGAGGCCGUUCACGCUCUAGAUCACCCGAGCGCGGACGCAUGGAUGAUCGAGACCGCAAUGGCCGAGGAGGCAAUGAUUACCGCCAGCGUAGCCCUCCUCGUGGACGCCAUGGACGAAGCCCUUCUCCCGCCCAAGAGUUCCAGCAGGAGAAGUGGGUUGAGUUCGAUCCAGCGCUUCCAUCUGGCACCAUCAAAGUUCUUAGUCGUACCCUGUUUGUAGGAGGCGUUACUUGCUCCGAAGCCGAGCUGCGUGGCAUCUUUGGCCGUUAUGGCACUGUUCAGACUUGCAUUGUUAACAAAGACAAACGCCAUGCUUUUGUCAAGAUGUUGACACGCCAGGACGCCGUUAGGGCGAAGGAUGCAAUGGAAGAUGCCAGGGGUCUUGAGUAUCCCCUUCGUACCAGAUGGGGCGUUGGGUUCGGUCCUAGAGACUGCAGCGAUUACUCAACCGGCAUCAGUGUUAUUCCCAUCCACAAGCUCACCGACGCUGACCGAAAGUGGAUGCUCACUGCUCCGUACGGUGGAAGCGGAGGCCGGCCCAUUGAGACGGGCAUUUGUGUCGAAGAGCCCGAUAUUGAAAUCGGCGCUGGCGUUUCGUCCAAGGCCAUCAGCCGCCGGAUGCAGACAGACAAGGGCGGUAGCAACGGUCCCAAGUCUACACGCCACCGCGACGACGAUACACGCUGGCGUCGAGGCCGAGACGAUGGCCCCGGUCAGAUGGAUCUUGAUGGUCAACAGCAGCAGAACAACAUGGGCGGCUUCCCCUUUGGCAUCGGCACCUUGCCUAACGGCAUGCCCAACUUCCCGACGGGCUUCCGAUUCCCAGAUCCCAACACUGCUGGGAGGACCUGA